UGUCGAUCAUCUCACCGCCUCCUCAAGAAGCGUUUUAUUAUAUAUAAAGAGAUCGUCGAAAGUAGGGACAGAUCCUCAAUACCCGACCACUUGACCCAUUCCAAUUGAGAUCAUCUACCUGUCAGACACCACUCACUCUACCUCAUCUCUUUAGACAACACUCGCAAGCAUGCUCUCUUCAGCCAGACGAACCUUCACAUUCUUCCUUCAGACACCUCUCAUCCCACCGCCCGCUCCACAACCCACAUUCGAGCUAUCCAACAUGUCAUCUUCCACCAGCGCAGGACCAUCUAGGCCCGUUCAAGCGUCCAGGACUUUCUCUUCAUUCUCCGCUGUGUCGUUGCGAGAACAAGGAUAUGCCAGCCAGGCAUACGGACAGAAGCGAGGGUACGCCAGCGAUAAGGGAAAGAAGGAGCUGUACUCGGAUGAAGGAGGCGCAGUGGGCGCAGGAGUGAGUCGGAUAUUCGUACCCUCUGAAUACCCAAGCUCACCUAUGCUACCUCAGACCGACGAUGUAGCGCAUACCGAAGCUGCAUUCGACUCCAACGCGGAUCCUUCUCAAAGUGCCAAGAAAAUCCAAAAAGAGACCGGCAAGGACUACACAAAACACUCGCCUGCUCAGUCUGACUACUCCCAACCUCCUGGCAAGCAAGGCAAAUCAGGUUCUGAGAACCCUCCGUUGAACACUUCAAACAGUCAGGCCAAAAAGUAGGAACGCGGUCGGCGGAGCGAACGAAGUCUCACAUGUCGUACAAUAUAAUUUCAUCCAUCCAGUCGAGCGAAGCAACAGCAUGAUGUAUACUGAGGUAUCAUGAGCUUGUCAACGAUUAC